CCGUGUAUGUGCCAUAUAAAAGGCAGUUGGGAAAUUUCGAUCAUGUUUCACUUUCCCUCUUGUUUCCCUCCAUGUCAUGACUUGUGUAAACUGAAUCUAUUAAGGAUUUUUCGUUCGGUUGAUUUGCUCGUCGACACUCUUGGCCCCCUUGACUUUGGUCAAUGGGAGUUGCUGGCGGGAGAAAGGCUUCUGUUUUGAGCUUGUGGUUCGAGGGCAGUUUUGGCUGGCAUGUUCUGCGGUUCUUCCCUAUUUCCAGGACACUUCUUCUUAUCAAUGAUCUACACAGGGCAUUCACGCUUUUCGUUCCUAUUGCGAUCUUUAGAACUAUUGUUGCCCUUGUUUACACGCUCAUAUACUGUACACAGUGGACCAAGUCUUGAGACACUGUCAAUUGAGGUGGAGUAUAAGUUCAUCUGACAUUU